GCUCGCGCCGCCCGCGCUGCCGCCUGCGCGCCGCCGCCGCCUGCAGGUCCCACACCCUGUGGACCCAUGGCUGGUUUUUCCAGUUUGUUCCCCAAGAGCAAUUUACAUAUUUCUCUGAAGAACCUCCAGAAGCUAAGCACACCGUCUUUGGACAUAGACGCAGGAGAGGCCCACGGUUGUGUCUCAAAACUUGGGGCUGGGGAUGGCCACAGGGGACAGGCGAAACCAGAGGCUGCCCCAGGUCACCGAGCCAACCGCACAGGGGGAGCCCCACGUGCCCACGGGCCGGGAGCUGACCGAGGCCAACCGCUUCGCCUAUGCCGCGCUCUGCGGCAUCUCCCUGUCUCAGCUCUUUCCAGAACCCGAGCAAAGCUCCUUCUGCACAGAGUUCGUAGCCAGCCUGGUGAAGUGGCUGGAGUUGUCCGAAGCCGUCCUGCCCACCAUGACUGCCUUUGCCAGCGGCCUGGGAGGUGAAGGGGCAGACAUGUUUGCCCAGACCUUGUCGAAGGACCCCGUCCUGAAGGGCAACCCGUCUCUGAUCACCCAGGACCUCCUGAGCUUCUCCCUCCGGGAUGGGUGCUAUGAUGCCCGGGCCAGAGUCCUCGUACGUCACCUGAGCUCCCUGCUCCAGGUGCCCUUGCAGGAGCUGGAGCUCCUUGAAGAGACGUUCCUGGAGAGCCUGAAGGAAACCGGAGAGGAGGAGUCUGAGACAGCCGAGGCGUCCCGGAAGAAGAAGGAGAACCGGAGGAAGUGGAAACGCUAUCUCCUGAUAGGCCUGGCGACCGUCGGUGGCGGGACGGUGAUCGGUGUGACCGGAGGUCUGGCCGCCCCACUUGUUGCUGCCGGAGCUGCGACGAUCAUCGGCAGUGCCGGGGCUGCGGCGCUGGGCUCGGCGGCUGGCAUAGCCAUCAUGACCUCGCUGUUCGGAGCAGCUGGAGCUGGCCUCACAGGAUACAAGAUGAAGAAGCGUGUCGGGGCCAUCGAGGAGUUCACGUUCCUGCCCCUGACAGAGGGCAGGCAGCUGCACAUCACCAUCGCCAUCACCGGGUGGCUCGCAUCCGGCAAAUACCGCACCUUCAGUGCCCCGUGGGCUGCCCUGGCCCACAGCCGCGAGCAGUACUGCCUGGCCUGGGAGGCCAAGUACCUGAUGGAGCUUGGCAACGCCCUGGAGACCAUCCUCAGUGGCCUCGCCAACGUAGUGGCCCAGGAGGCCCUCAAGUACACCGUGCUGUCUGGCAUCGUGGCCGCCCUGACCUGGCCAGCCUCGCUCCUCAGUGUGGCCAAUGUCAUUGACAACCCCUGGGGGGUGUGUCUGCAUCGGUCAGCGGAAGUUGGCAAGCACCUGGCUCACAUCCUGCUCUCCCGACAGCAGGGCCGACGACCUGUCACCUUGAUUGGCUUCAGCCUGGGAGCCAGGGUCAUCUACUUCUGUCUGCAAGAGAUGGCGCAGGAGAAAGAUUGCCAGGGCAUCAUCGAGGACGUGGUCCUGCUGGGGGCGCCGGUGGAGGGAGAGGCUCGGCACUGGGAGCCUUUCCGGAAGGUGGUGUCCGGGAGGAUCGUCAAUGGCUACUGCAGGGGGGACUGGCUGCUGAGCUUCGUGUACCGCACGUCCUCCGUGCAGCUCCACGUCGCCGGCCUGCAGCCCGUGCAGCUGCAGGACAGGCGGAUGGAGAACAUAGACCUGACCUCCAUGGUCAGCGGCCACCUGGACUAUGCCAAGCAGAUGGACGACAUCCUGAAGGCCGUGGGCGUGCGCACCAGGCCGGGCUGGGGUGAGAAGGGGCUCUUGCUGGCCCCCAGCAGCCUGCCCCACUCUGCCACUGCCUCGGCCAGUGGGAUCAGCCACCAGGAUGGAAAAUCAAAGGGUCCUGAAGCUGGAGACACUCCCAGUGACCCCAGCCAAGCACCGGCGCCAGUGGGCCUGCACCAGUCUGGAGGGGACUCCCUGCCUGCUGCCGCCAGCCCCUGUAUCUGCAGCCACGGCGUGGAAAGCAACCCACUGGGCUGUCCCAACUGUGCCCAGGAGACCCAGGGGCCCUGCCCAGGGCUGCACUGACCCCGGCACACCUGAGACGCCCUCGCGGAUUGCUACAGCAGCUGUUUCUUAACCACUUGUUCCCAUCCCCCCACCCCACUGGGAGCUGUGACAGUGCAGAUUCCCGCACGUACCUUCCCUAGGUUGAAGGAAGGAACUGGAAUUGGGGGGAAGGGAGCUUUGGGAGCCAACAUUCCCUCCCGGGGGCAGCAAGGCCUGGGACCUGCGUGGUGAGCCCAGCGCAGUGCAGAGCUCCGGGCCUCCAACCCUGCCUGAGGCUCCCUGUCCAACAGGUCCCAUCGGGCGGGCCGGAGGACCAUCUGGGAGACGCCCACGCUGCCUGUCCCUGGCCUCGGGGAAGCCAGCUGUCUGUGUAUCCUCCCACUCACACUCCAGGGCUGCCACCAGCCUGGGCCCUGCUGAUGGCACCUGCAGAGCAGGGCAAGUGCAAAAGAGACAGCUUCCCCUCUCUGCUCUUAGAAGAUCCGAUCUGAUCUGCCAUGCACAGCCUGUGCACUGCACAACUACAUGAACAGCAGUCACACAGAUGCGAAUGGUACCCUCCGAAGUUGUGCGACACGGUGGCCCCAGCUAUCGGUGAAACAGAGCAUGGCGAAGAAAUGCUGGGUCAGCGCUCAAUGUGGCUGGGACCUGGGCCCGGGGACAACAGUGGGUUACACAGGAGACAGGGACAAGGAUGAUAACCACAGUGAAUCACAAUAAAGCUGUGUAUCUAGC